AAUGAUUAAUUUUAAGAUGAAUAUAACUUGACUGUAAUGUUUAAUUUAUUAAGAUGGAUGCGGACACCAUCGUACGCUACAAAAAUGAUACGCACGAUUGGAUAUUUCGGGAUAAUGACCUGUGUAUAUCAAGAGAGUCGUCGAAAGUAAUUAAAGAUACUAAUCCAAGCGAUUAUGAAACAAACAUUGAAUUGUUUGGAGAGAUAACUAUUCAGUUUAACAAUGAAGUCCAUUUGCUUUACGAUGGUCCUAUGCAAAUCAAAACACCCAGCGGGAAGGGAAAUUCUUUCUCUCAAAACUCGAUUGUGUCAAGUAAUAUUAAGAGAAAAGACCUGACAAAUAGUGUUUGUAAUAAAAUAGUUUGUAAAUCGCAACAAUUAACUGAAAACACCAAAUUACCCCCAAAUCCUUCAAAUCCACCUGAUAGCAAUAUUGUAAAUAGCAGACCUUCAAAGUACAAUAAUAGUUCUUCAAAUCAUAGCAAUGUAAAAGAUAAUUCUAAAUCUAAGCCUCUUAUACUAAGUGAAGAUUUUUGUUCAAGGACAAGUUAUGUUUGCAUACCACGCAAAAAGAUUACCAGUGAAAAAACAAAGCAAAUUUGUUCUACGGCAGUGUCUUUUAGUAAAACUUAUGAUAUUAUUGAUCUCACAGCAUCUAAUGAUAAGAUAUCAAAUGUAGUUGAUAAAAAUGAUUUAAUUCCCAGUGUUUAUACUAGUUCUUCUAAGGAAGUGCUUCACGACAAAGCAAUUAAUUUUCUUGAUGCUCGGCAUAAUAGAAUUUUGAGUAAAAACGGUGUGACAGUAUUAAAAGAAAACAAUGCAAAAUCUUAUUUGUCAAGUGAUUCUAAAAAAUGUCAAGUGGAUAACAACAACAAAAGUCCACCUGAGGCUACUGUGGAAAACAAGGUUCAAAAAACAUCUAAUGAACUUUUUUUGUUUGGUAGCCAGAUCUUGUCGAACGAGGUAAGUCUAAUUGCGCAAGACAAUAGUGAUUCCACACAAAAAGGUAAUCAAAAUGUUUUUAUUAAAAAUAAUAUAAUAUCAAAUGGUAAUAAAUUGCAGUUAUCUAGCAGUGUUGAAGUAUUUGUACUGAACAAAAAUAAAAAUACUAUCAAUAAAAAUGAUUUCGCAACAUUCCAAUGCAAUAUUAAUAAUGAGAUUAGAAAUGACAACAAUAACCAAAAUAGUAAAGUGGUAAAUAGUAAACAUGUUACAAGUAAAUUAGAAAGAUCAGAUGUUAGAAAGAAACCUGUGAAAUCUGAUAUUAACUUAACUCCAAUGAAAGAUUCAGAUAAAGACAAAAAUUUACUGAAAAAUGAUACUAAAAAUGCUGAACAUGUUUCAGUAGCCAAAAAAAAUACUCCCGAAAAAGUUACAUGUGAUAAAAAUUGUAUAAUACAGAAUGAUGCUUCCAAUGAUGUGCCAAUUGAGAGUAUUAAAAUUGAAUGUCAACCAGAUGUUAUAAUUCCUAUACUUGCAAGACAAUUAAGUCCCAAACGAAGUGAUGAGACUGAAGUCAAAAAUGAAAGCUCCACGAAAACUAUUUCAGAAAAUGCUACAAGUAUGUUGCCUACUCCGUCUCAAGCAUUGAAUAGUGGAACAAAUACUGAAAGUGGAUUGAUUAAAUUGAAAAAUCCUAAUAUUAAAAGACCUAUUUAUGCACCACAAAUCGCUGAAGAUAAUAAAUCCGAUAAUACUUCUAAACAAAAUGAACCAAUUACUAUAAGUAGUCAAUGUUUAUCUGAUUUUAUUUCACUAGAAAUUAAAGACAAAUCUACAGAUGCUGCAAGUGUUUAUAUUUUCAAUCCUGAAGCAGAAAAUGUUAAACUCAUUGAAAGUAUUAUGCACAGUCAGAAGAAAAUACUUCGUAAUGGAAAAUUUGUUGUAGCUAACAAAAGCGGCAGAAACCUUAUUCAAAAGCGUAAAAUUAAAUCUCAAAAAGGGACCCUUAAAUCAUGCAGAAGUCCAAGAAAGCAUCAACAGAAAAUUGUGCCUAUGGCAAAAGCAAUAAAAAACAAUAUUUCAUUCUCCAUAUUUAAAGAUGAUAAAGGGAAAAAUAUGUUGAAAGAAAGACAGUUAACAAUUGUUGAUGAUCUGAAAUUAACUGAAGAUAUUACUAAAGGUGCUCAAAACAUUUCCAAAGAAUUAGUGGUAGAAAAAACUUCAACUGUAAAAACUAAUGAAUGCAAUAGUCCUGAGAAUAAUGUUCUAAGUUCAAUACCUAUUGUGGAGGUGGAUGCAAGUUGUGCAGAAACUAUUACUACUGAUAAUACAGAACAAACUAAAUCAGACAUUCAUAUUGUUAAUUCUUCUUGCACUUCAGCGAUUUCAUCGAAUACAAUUGAAGAAUCUCUAAAUACAUCAGAGGUAUGUGCUUCAGGUGAUUUAAGGAUUCCAAAUACAUUAGAUUUGAAAAAGCAGACCGAAAUUGUACCUAUGACAGUAAUUUACAAAUUAGGAUCACCAAAUAAUAAAGCAGAUAACAAUUUAAGUACUUCGCAAACAGAAGGUAAAAAUCUAGAUCUUUCAAAAGCAAGAUCACGUAUUCAGAAGAAAGUAACUGAAUAUUUUAAUACCAAACCUAUUGAUAAUGAAAAAGUUUUAGGAUUAAAAAAUGGUAAAAAUGUUGACAUAUGUAAAAAUGAUUUAGUAAAUAUUGAAAGCGUUAAACCGAUUGAAGAAAAAUGUCAUGUUUCUCAAACAGAAUUAAUAAGUGUCCUACCUUCAAAUGUACAAAAAGAUUCUGAAAAAUCCGUUUCUGGUGAAGAAAUUAACAAAGUCAGCAACAAUUUAUCUAAAGAAGAUAAAGAAAAUCCAAAUGAUACUCUGGAUGAAUCAAUAGUAGAAAGUAUAUCACCUCCAAAGGAAUCUGAAAAAAUUAUUUCAAUCAACAAUAGUUCGAAAUCUAGAAAAGCUAUAGUAAAUUCUAAUAAUAUUAUCACUGACAACAAUGUUAACGAAGAUAAAGAAGGUGCAACAUUGACUUUGAGAAAGAAGCGUUUAUCAGUUGGUCAAAAGGAGAAUAUACCUGUGAUAGAAAAUAAAGAAACACCUGCAAAUGUACUUGAUGCGCCUGCUCCUAAGAUUCGGCAAUCAAAUAAAGUUUUAAGGUCAACAAAGAAUAAAAACCGUCCAAACACAAGGUCGAAACCAACAAGCCUUCUAAGCUUGAGAAAAAAGUCUCAAAAGAAAAAAAUAUUGAAGAAGAAAAAAGGGAAAGAGGCUACCAAAGCUAAAGAUGUUAAUGCUAAAGAUAAUUGGAUUGUUGAAAAUAAUUCAUUUGCUGAAAAAAAUACAAUAACAAACAUUGUAAAGCCGGCUUUAACUAAAUCUGUGAAGCGUGAACAAAAACCAGAUGAGACUGAAAAUAUUAUUAAAUUAGAAACAAUAGGUACUGAAAUACAUACAUUCCAUUGCAAAAAAUGUGAGAAAAUCUUCUUACGUAAAUCUUUAUUGAAAAAACAUGAAGAGGAAUCUCACCCAACUGAAAAUAAUAACAAAACACAUUCUAAAAAAAGUAUUAAAUUUCAUAAAUGUAGUGACUGCAAUAAAGCUUUUCGCAGGCCUAGUGUUCUAAAAAAACAUAUUUGUUCUAAGAAAAAAGUUGUAAUUGAAACAUCUACAAUGGAUAUAAGUAAAGAAUCAACUACUGGAGAUGAAGUAAAAGUUACUGUAACUAACAAUGUAGUAACUAUAGUUGAACAAACAACUAAUGAGAAAGUAAAUGAUAAUCAAACAAACACACAGUCUCCAAUACCUGAAACACCUAUGGAAGAACCUCAAAAUACUCCAACAGAAGUUGGACCACCAGUUAAACGAAUAUGUUUAGACAUACCUGGAGAAGAUGUAAAAUUAAAUGUGGAGGAAUUAAAUACUAAGGAAAAAUCUAAAGUUAGCACUAAAAAUAAAAAUAAAUCAAAUAAAACUUUUGUUUGCCCACAUUGCCAUGUGAAUAUGCUGACAUCAAAUGAUUUAAAAGUACAUGUUUUAAGAGUUCAUGAAAAAGUUAAAAGCAAAAUUUGUCCUUAUUGUUCAAGAGGAUUUACCUGUACAGGUGACUUAACAAGACAUAUACGUUUGCACACAGGGGAAAAACCUUUCAAAUGUACUGAAAAAGGCUGCAACAUGGCUUUUAUUGCCUCGGGAGAUCUGAAUAAACAUCAAAGGACUCAUUUGGGAGAUAAGUAUCCCAGGAAAUUCAGUUGUGCGACUUGCGGAAAGACAUUUAAACAAAGAUAUGAGCACGAUAGGCACAUGAGGACUGCACAUACCGAACAGGGAUUUAAGCAGUAUGAGUGCCAUUUGUGCAAUCGGCAAUUUGGUAGAAAGGAUGGUUUGAUAUAUCAUUUGAGGAUACAUGCUGGCAUCAAGCCGUACACUUGUAAGAAAUGUGGGAAGGAGUUUACCAAUCCUGGUAACUAUAAGAAACAUAUGAAUACAAAACGACAUGAUUUGCCACCUAGUACUGCACCCAAGAGGAGGAGGAAAAAGCAGGAUACUAGCAGUUCGACAGAUGCAGCUCCUGAACAAUCUGAAAGGAGAAAAAUGAAGAAGGAAGACUUAUGCUUCAAAGUUGGGAAAAAAAUGGAUGAAGGAGAUCAAGCAUUGGAGUUGCUAAACGAGUUGGACAAAUUUCAGCUGGGUGAAGGCGACAUUAUAAUGGAUAUUCCUUCUUCAAGGAUUCCUCGGCGUCGAAGCGUUCUACAAUGGGUCUGCAUUCUUCUGAUCAAUUUUUACGAUAUUUUGAGUUUGGCCCACUGCACUCCGGCCCAUGAGAUGCACGGUUCAAGACCUUAUCUACACAAAAAUGUUAUAAUUCCUAUACUUGCAAGACAAUUAAGUCCCAAACGAGUGAUGAGACUGAAGUCAAAAAAUGAAAGCUCCACGAAAACUAUUUCAGAAAAUGCUACAAGUAUGUUGCCUACUCCGUCUCAAGCAUUGAAUAGUGGAACAAAUACUGAAAGUGGAUUGAUUAAAUUGAAAAAUCCUAAUAUUAAAAGACCUAUUUAUGCACCACAAAUCGCUGAAGAUAAUAAAUCCGAUAAUACUUCUAAACAAAAUGAACCAAUUACUAUAAGUAGUCAAUGUUUAUCUGAUUUUAUUUCACUAGAAAUUAAAGACAAAUCUACAGAUGCUGCAAGUGUUUAUAUUUUCAAUCCUGAAGCAGAAAAUGUUAAACUCAUUGAAAGUAUUAUGCACAGUCAGAAGAAAAUACUUCGUAAUGGAAAAUUUGUUGUAGCUAACAAAAGCGGCAGAAACCUUAUUCAAAAGCGUAAAAUUAAAUCUCAAAAAGGGACCCUUAAAUCAUGCAGAAGUCCAAGAAAGCAUCAACAGAAAAUUGUGCCUAUGGCAAAAGCAAUAAAAAACAAUAUUUCAUUCUCCAUAUUUAAAGAUGAUAAAGGGAAAAAUAUGUUGAAAGAAAGACAGUUAACAAAUGUUGAUGAUCUGAAAUUAACUGAAGAUAUUACUAAAGGUGCUCAAAACAUUUCCAAAGAAUUAGUGGUAGAAAAAACUUCAACUGUAAAAACUAAUGAAUGCAAUAGUCCUGAGAAUAAUGUUCUAAGUUCAAUACCUAUUGUGGAGGUGGAUGCAAGUUGUGCAGAAACUAUUAGUACUGAUAAUACAGAACAAACUAAAUCAGACAUUCAUAUUGUUAAUUCUUCUUGCACUUCAGCGAUUUCAUCGAAUACAAUUGAAGAGUCUCUAAAUACAUCAGAGUUAUGUGCUUCAGGUGAUUUAAGGAUUCCAAAUACAUUAGAUUUGAAAAAGCAGACCGAAAUUGUACCUAUGACAGUAAUUUACAAAUUAGGAUCACCAAAUAAUAAAGCAGAUAACAAUUUAAGUACUUCGCAAACAGAAGGUAAAAAUCUAGAUCUUUCAAAAGCAAGAUCACGUAUUCAGAAGAAAGUAACUGAAUAUUUUAAUACCAAACCUAUUGAUAAUGAAAAAGUUUUAGGAUUAAAAAAUGGUAAAAAUGUUGACAUAUGUAAAAAUGAUUUAGUAAAUAUUGAAAGCGUUAAACCGAUUGAAGAAAAAUGUCAUGUUUCUCAAACAGAAUUAAUAAGUGUCCUACCUUCAAAUGUACAAAAAGAUUCUGAAAAAUCCGUUUCUGGUGAAGAAAUUAACACAGUCAGCAAAAAUUUAUCUAAAGAAGAUAAAGAAAGUCCAAAUGAUACUCUGGAUGAAUCAAUAGUAGAAAGUGUAUCACCUCAAAAGGAAUCUGAAAAAAUCAUUUCAAUCAACAAUAGUUCGAAAUCUAGAAAAGCUAUAGUAAAUUCUAAUAAUAUUAUCACUGACAACAAUGUUAACGAAGAUAAAGAAGGUGCAACAUUGACUUUGAGAAAGAAGCGUUUAUCAGUUGGUCAAAAGGAGAACAUACCUGUGAUAGAAAAUAAAGAAACACCUGCAAAUGUACUUGAUGCGCCUGCUCCUAAGAUUCGGCAAUCAAAUAAAGUUUUAAGGUCAACAAAGAAUAAAAACCGUCCAAACACAAGGUCGAAACCAACAAGUCUUCUAAGCUUGAGAAAAAAGUCUCAAAAGAAAAAAAUAUUGAAGAAGAAAAAAGGGAAAGAGGCUACCAAAGUUAAAGAUGUUAAUGCUAAAGAUAAUUGGAUUGUUGAAAAUAAUUCAUUUGCUGAAAAAAAUACAAUAACAGACAUUGUAAAACCGGCUUUAACUAAAUCUGUGAAGCGUGAACAAAAACCAGAUGAGACUGAAAAUAUUAUUAAAUUAGAAACAAUAGGUACUGAAAUACAUACAUUCCAUUGCAAAAAAUGUGAGAAAAUUUUCUUACGUAAAUCUUUGUUGAAAAAACAUGAAGAGGAAUCUCACCCAACUGAAAAUAAUAACAAAACACAUUCUAAAAAAAGUAUUAAAUUUCAUAAAUGUAGUGACUGCAAUAAAGCUUUUCGCAGACCUAGUGUUUUAAAAAAACAUAUUUGUUCUAAGAAAAAAGUUGUAAUUGAAACAUCUACAAUGGAUAUAAGUAAAGAAUCAACUACUGGAGAUGAAGUAAAAGUUACUGUAACUAACAAUGUAGUAACUAUAGUUGAACAAACAACUAAUGAGAAAGUAAAUGAUAAUCAAACAAACACACAGUCUCCAAUACCUGAAACACCUAUGGAAGAACCUCAAAAUACUCCAAUAGAAGUUGGACCACCAGUUAAACGAAUAUGUUUAGACAUACCUGGAGAAGAUGUAAAAUUAAAUGUGGAGGAAUUAAAUACUAAGGAAAAAUCUAAAGUUAGCACUAAAAAUAAAAAUAAAUCAAACAAAACUUUUGUUUGCCCACAUUGCCAUGUGAAUAUGCUGACAUCAAAUGAUUUAAAAGUACAUGUUUUAAGAGUUCAUGAAAAAGUUAAAAGCAAAAUUUGUCCUUAUUGUUCAAGAGGAUUUACCUGUACAGGUGACUUAACAAGACAUAUACGUUUGCACACAGGGGAAAAACCUUUCAAAUGUACUGAAAAAGGCUGCAACAUGGCUUUUAUUGCCUCGGGAGAUCUGAAUAAACAUCAAAGGACUCAUUUGGGAGAUAAGUAUCCCAGGAAAUUCAGUUGUGCGACUUGCGGAAAGACAUUUAAACAAAGAUAUGAGCACGAUAGGCACAUGAGGACUGCACAUACCGAACAGGGAUUUAAGCAGUAUGAGUGCCAUUUGUGCAAUCGGCAAUUUGGUAGAAAGGAUGGUUUGAUAUAUCAUUUGAGGAUACAUGCUGGCAUCAAGCCGUACACUUGUAAGAAAUGUGGGAAGGAGUUUACCAAUCCUGGUAACUAUAAGAAACAUAUGAAUACAAAACGACAUGAUUUGCCACCUAGUACUGCACCCAAGAGGAGGAGGAAAAAGCAGGAUACUAGCAGUUCAACAGAUGCAGCUCCUGAACAAUAAAUAACUUCGAGAUAAGGAAAAAAUUGUAAUAAUGUUUGGAACGCAUAUAUAUCAAGUCAGUAAAACUCCGUUAAGACGAUUUUCAAGGAACAAAAACGCGUAUUAUGCGGGAUGGGGACAAUAUGUUUCAAAGUGCAGUGACCAGUCUAAAAAUUGUAUUAUACGACAAAACGUAUUAAGCGUUCUAACAGGAUCAUAUUGUAUUUUGUCAACUUCUUUAUAUCCUUUGUGCAAAAAUAUUAAUUUAAUUUUUCUUGAAUAUUUAAUUUAUUUCUUUUAAGUGAAGGAGAAAUUUAUAAUAAUGUC